GGCGUCGCCUCAUGUGCAACGCGUCGAGUGUUUUUUGAGCUCGCGGCAACGGGCGGGUUGUGCCGCUCUUGCAGCCUGCCCGCACACGUGCGUUCGCUUUAAAACGACAAGCUCGUGAAGCGCCAACAGCCACCACUUCAUAAUGGUUCUAGACUCCAACGCGGCGGGAUCUGCUUCUUCUGAUAUGGUCGCGAAGGCGGACAAACCGUCCACCGACCACUGGAAGCAGAACACAACUCCACUGCUGCCGGCGGCGACCUUCUCCUGGCUUCCGGCAUGCGUGAACCGCAAGCUGCUGCCGUUCAAGUUGCACUACUUUCUAUUCAUUGCAGGAGAAGCUGGCGUGGGACCAUACAUCGCCGUCGUGGGACGACGAAACGGCAUAGGCCCCGCCACAAUGGCGGUCAUCUUCACCGUCAUGCCACUCACAGCCGUCCUUUUCAAGCCCGUAUGCGGUUUCAUAAUCGACCGAACUCGAAACAUCACUGCCGUCAUCCUCGUUCUGCAAGUUCUCUGCACUCUAUUUUACGGUGUCGCUUUCUUCUGCCCCAGCGCCAUAUCUGAUGGCGCAACGUACAAGGGCAAUCUGAGUUGUUCAUUGGAGGUGUUCGAUGUCACCGGGACUUCGGGGUCGCAACAGUGCUCUUCCAGUGGAAGCGAUUCCAUAUAUUGUGUGUUGUCUUCGGAGAAACACGUGUGGGAAGGAGUCAGCGCUCGACUGACUACCGACAACAAAAUAGUGCUGGCCAACGCGUCCAAACCCUGUAAGGAUCUUCUCAAGUAUAACCUUCUAUCCAACGACUCCCUCGCCGUUCCAGGCGAGGUGAAGUGUUCUUGCGAUGCUGCAUUGUACAAUAACCCAAACUUCUGGAUCUACACCGUGUUCGCUAUUCUCGGCUUCGCGUUGGCCGCAGCGCUGAACAACGUUGGUGACGCCGCCGUGAGCAACGCACUGGGCUCGGACAUCGAAGUCUUUGGCCGACAACGCCUUUUCGGCACCCUUAGCUACGGCAUGACGUCGCCGCUGAUAGGGUACCUGGUGGACGUAGCCAGCAGUGAAAGCUCAGUCACUGAUUACAGGCCGUGCUUCUACGUAUUCGCAGGUGCCAUGCUUCUAGAUAUGAUCCUUAUCCUUGCCAUGCCUAGGAUGCACGUCGCCGAAGUCUCCGUCAACUUCUUCAAAGACAUCGCGGGGCUCUUGUCAAGCUCUGAGAUCCUGCUCUUCACGUUGUUCACAUUCCUGGCGGGAUCCAUGAUAGGGUUUCUCAACGCUUUCGAGACGUGGUUCCUGGAGGACUUGGGAACACCCACGUUCCUUAUAGGCCUAACCAAGACAGUUCAGUGCUUUGGCGCGGAGCCCGUACUGUUCUUCCUCUCCACAUACAUACUCAAGAAGAUCGGGUACUUCUACUCCUACUCAGUGGCGUUCCUUCUGUUCGCCUGCAAGGCCCUUGGGUACUCCUUCCUGCGGAACGUCUGGGGCUCGCUUGCCGUGAACAUCGUUGGAGGAGCCAUUUUCCCGAUGGUGUACGCCGCGAUGGCUGUGUUCGCCAAGAAGAAGGCGAGACCCGGAACAGCCGCCUCCAUGGUCUGCAUCCUCGGAGCCAACUACGACGGUCUUGGUUCGGCAGCAGGCAGCUUGGUAGGCGGACUCAGCAUAGACAAGAUCGGAGCGAGACAGACUUUCCGCUACCUUGGCUUCUCGUCAGUGGCUGCCGCGUUCCUCAUUGCGGUGUGCUACUUGCUCCUACGCUGCACAGCCGCUCACGAAUACGAUGUUACAACGGAGAAGCCCAAGGCAUCCACUCCUGCUGAAAACUGUGAUACCACGCACAUUUCGCCAAAACCUGAAUGCGCAAUGCUCGUGGAAAACCCGCCUAGCAAGUAGCGAUGGGGCAGCUUUUCGAUGUGCGGCUGCAAGACUUCCCUAGCGAAUUAAGCUCAAGGCGUCACAUGUCCACAAGCCACUUUGCACAUAGCCAGAGAUGUGGAACACAUGGCUAGAAAAGCUGCGCGAGAUCAAGAAAUGACGAUUUGAAGCAGUGUCAUGGCAGGACGAUGCAUCAGCCUGUUUGUUGUUGUUGUUGCUUUUUUUGUCCCAUGUUCUGUACAUCGUAUAGAAACAUGUAUCCGGAGCAACUGGUUCAGUUUUCCAUCUUCAUUUAUUACCUGCCAUGUACAACGGACUCUUACCUUGUAUUCACAUUCCAAUUCACGCAUUCGUCUUUCGACGGAAUGUGUGCCAUUGCUCUCGAAC